AUGAUCACUUCUUUUUCUUUGCUCUUUUUGUUGCUUGCUGCCACAGAUGUUCUAGCUUUUCUAAAUUUUAUCAUCGAGAAUGCCAGCCCUCUUCCGGAAAAUGCUUCCGCUACACUGGUUGCCAUUAUCACUGUGUCCGUCUCACAUCAUGCUUCUCUGGUUGGAGAUCCUGUUAUUAUUAAUGCAAAUCCCACAGUCCAUCCAUUUGUGCUCUCUCGUAGAACCACACAUGUGUGGGAGCUAUUCACCAGUGGAGUACCCAAGCUGGACUUUGAGAUGGUGACUUUCUACUCCCUGAUAAUCUAUGCCAAAGACAACCAAGGGACAACAGCAUCACAGACCAUUUUAAUCCAGAUUGCAGAUGUGAAUGAGCCCCCUGCUUUCACUGGAUCCCUUGCACAGGGAAACCAAGUUACUGAGAUUUAUAUCCUAGAAGACACUGCCCUGGGCACAGUCAUUUACAGAGCAGCAGCCAAGGACCCGGAGGACACUGUUUUGGAGUACUUCAUUUCCCCAGAGAGCUCUGGCUUCACAAUCGACAGCAUUGGAACAAUUUCUACAGCAGCAGUUUUUGAUUCUGAGAGUGAGACCAGAAGUUUUUCACUAGUUAUUAAAGUGGUUGAUCCUGGAGGACUUUUUAAUGCUGGAAAUCUAAAGAUUUUCCUCAUCAAUGUCAACAAUAAGGACCCCAUUCUAAGCUGCAGUUUAUUCAAUAUUGAAAAUGCUGUCCUGAGUGUUACACAUAUAAACUCAACUCUGCACAAUGAAGUCAACAUCACACUGGAUGAAGAAAUUCCAACUGGGAAAACGGUUGGAGUGUGCCAGGCCACUGAUGAAGAUAACCUGGGAUACCUAACCUUUUAACUAGAUCCAGGGAAUGUUUACUUUACAAUUGACAAAGAGCAUGGGACUGUGGUUGUUACUGCCACCCGCCUUGACGUGGAGAGAGCUGGGUUUGUAAGCGUUCAGUCCUUCUCCAUUAAGGCUUGUGACCUCGACCAGCUGUGUGCAGCAAUCCCAGUGACUGUCUAUAUCCGUGGCAUUAAUGACAACUCACCUUUCUGUGAUCAGUAUCUGAUUCGGUAUACAAGCAAAGAGGUAAUUUCAAAAGACACAGUAGUUGCAAAACUCUUGUGUCAUGACCUCAAUGAGCCUCCUGAUAUGCUCCAUUUUUUUCACACCUUGGGGUCAAUUGGUUCUGGACAACUCUUUGAGCAAGUGCCAGGUGCUGAAAAUCCCAUCCAGGUCACCAAAGAGUUGGAUUAUGAAAAUCCAGAGAUGGUUGCAGCUGGACAUAUCUAUGAAAUGAUGAUUUCAGUAUUUGAUGUCCUACAUCCCUCCCAUACAGCAACCGUGACGGUCAUUGUGGAAGUUGUUCCUGCCAAUGAUUUCAGGCCUGUAUUUAAACAUGCUCACUACACAUUCUCUGUUCCAGAAACGUCAGAAGCUUUCUACAAAGUUGGAAGAGUGAUUGCCAUUGAUGACCACCAGCCACCAAACUGUGUGACUUACAAAAUAACCAAUGGAGACAUCCAGGUUAUACAAAGAUUCUGGAUUCACCCUCUCUCUGGAAUGACUGAACUCACCACACAGCCAAACUAUGAGUCUGUGAAGCAAUAUAACCUCACUGUGGAAGCUGUGGACUGUGACAGAUUUGAGGCGCGUACAGUGAUGACCACGGUCACUGUCAACAUCGGAGAUGAAAAUGAUGAGGCACCUGUCUGCAUGCCCUCUCUCUACAAGGCAGUCAUUUUUGACAAUGUCAUUCCUGGGACAAACAUCAAUGGCUUCAGAUUAAACUGCCACGACAGAGACUCACAAAAUUUUGAAAUGCACUUUGAGAUGGUUUCUGGAAAUGAGAACCAUCAUUUUGGAUUUGAUCCACGAGGUUCAAAUAUUCCAAAAUUAAUUGUGAAAAAUCCUUUUAACUUUGAAUCUGGAGCUGAACUGCAGCAGCAGUACCAUCUUGUGGUGCACAUAAUUGACGACAACCUGAAAUACGGCAAAGCCACCAAGCCUAGGACAGGCACAGCUAUUAUAGAUAUUUAUGUGACAAUGUCCAAUACACCACCUCCUCCAACCACCAAUUCUGAACAAAGAAAAGGUCUGACCAUCGUGUACACAGCUAUCAACACAUACAAAUCCAGUGACUGGUACAUUCCUUUCAUCUUCACUCUGAUGGCUGUUGUUUUUUUUGCUGGGUUGGUUGCCUGGAUGUGCUUCCUGCUUUGGAGAUUUGGGAACAUUAAGGAAUGUGGUCAGAAAAUGGCCAAGGAAGUCUCCAAGCCCAAACCCAAAAGAAUGAAGUAUAUUACAGGAGAUAAAAAUCAAAAGGAAAACCUUGUCACAGGAAACAGAAAUAAAAAGUUAGGAGUGUUAACAGAAACCAUUGUGUAUGAGACUGUGUUUGAUGGAGAAGCCAUUGAUCCAGGUAUGGUGCUUAAAUAUCUUUUGCGUUAA